CUUUCAUGCAUUCUGGAAUACACAGAUUCGUGAAGGUCACUGGCAAACAUCAUUUCUUACUCUUCGAGCUUCUCUUCCAAUGAGAGCGGAACCUAAAAAAAAGAAGAAAGCUGAUCCUAAAAGAGAGCAAGCAGUGAAAGAUCGUUUAAAGAAGAGGCUGAAGAAACUGGAAAAGAUCCCACCAGAACUGAUUCCUAUUGAGGAUUUUUUGAUCCCUACGAAAUUCAUGAAUGAAACACGGGUGAGGGCAGAUUCCAAUCUUUCUUUUGAAGAAAGUGAGAGACGUGCUCUCCUAAUGAAGGAAUGGUCAAGAUACAAAAAACAGCAACAUGAUGCGGAGAUGAAAAUGAUCAACUCAGUGUUGGAGGCCCAACAAGAGGCACUGAAGGAGCUACGGUUGGAAUCUGAAAAACUUUAUCAGGAAGCAAUUAAACGAGAUCAAGAUCUGAUCCCUCUGGAGAAAGAGGGUCCUUCCCACACCCCACCCAUUACAGGAUACCAGGCACCUGAAGGCAAAUACAAUGACAUCACAAAAGUAUACACUCAAUAAAAUUGAAAAGGUUGCUCCUAGAUAUCCAUGUGUAUGCAUUCCUGCAAUGUACGUGAACACCAGAGGGGAUUUAAACAAAAUUUGUCAGCUUGAGCUAAAGUGUGUAAGAAAAGGAUAAUCAAGUUGAAUAUAAGCAAAGUCCUUUAUCAAGAAUAUAUGUUUUGUACCAUUAUGCAAAUAAUGAAAGUGUACUGUUGAUUAACUGUAGUGUGUGUCUAUCCCAUGAUCUCCUGUAAAGGUAACAGAGGACUUUUUCCUGUGGGUGACCUAUACUUAUAAACAGUUUGCUUAAGGCUUCAAUUAGCAUGCUAAUUUGCUGAGGAAAUGCAGCUGUUUGUGAAUUAAAAGUACCCAUUUUGUUUAAAGUCUGACAUAUGAGCCAUUCUGGAAGGAUAUGAUGGUUUCCAAGUUGCUUUCCUUGAAUAUGAAAUUCUUCUUUCUUGCUUUUGACUAGAUUUUUCUAUGUUUUGGUGAACAGAGCUGAAGAUUGGAGGGGUAUAAUGACAGUAACUGUAUAAAAGUGCAGCCUUAUGUUGCUCUGAGUAGUUAUAAUUAAAGCAUUGACAUAUAUUGAGAGCAUCAAGCAAGGCAGUAAAAUGUUCUUACCCUCAUGUCUUUGAGUCUGCAACUGAGUUUGAUAUAACCACAGUGUAUAGAGAACUGUCAGAAUUAGAAUAAAGAGCUAAGAGUAUGGAUAAGGAAAUCUGUAUAUCAAGACGGUCAUUUAGAAUGGCUCAUUUCAUGUUCGUUUGAAGGCAGGUAAACACAAGUGCUGCAACAAGUCUGUGUGUAUGCUUUAACACCCCUAAUAUUAGUCCAAAGUCAAGUAGGACCAUAUUUAUUUAAUAUGACAUAAGGCCUAGCAUUGUACCCUGCCAAACGAACCUUAAACUGAAGUCAUUCAUGCAACUCCUAUGGUCAUAAAUUCAACAAAACAAAAAAUGUUUCAGAAAUUAUUUGAAAUUGCACACGUACUAGUUUGGUAGCUUGAACAAGUGUGUCAAGUGCAGUAUAAACUAUUGUUCCAGCUUUCCAAAUUGGUUAUUGGCCUGCCCUCAAGGAUGGCAUGGAAAGUGGGAAUGUUUCAUGGUUUCUUAAGUUAGAAAAAAUAAAGUUCCUUGAAAAUUGCAAAGAUUCACUGGAUUUGGGUAACUGUGUGGUUCAUAGAUCUUGUUUUCUACAUUUUCUAGCACUUGAUAACUCAUAGAGUUGGGUUAGUAUAUACAGAACUGAUGCAGUUGGCAUAGUCAUGAAGAACCCUGGACAGUUGCUGUGUGGACAGGAAUAAAUGUUUUUUUAUAUCUAUACGAUUUAAAUGUUUUAAUUGUUAAACUAAUUCUUAAAGUUCAGGAAAACACUGUACCACGCACAACACGUCACACCAUUUACUUGGGUAAUAAGCUAGAGUAAAUGGGCAAAUAAUGCUGAAAAAUGGUACAAACUUUAAUGUUUAUGUGCAGACCUAUACCUGUCUCUGUGGUUUGGAGUGAGCAAGAAAUUGGCAUAGGGUCCACUUGACAGAAAAAAAAUAAUAAAAGAACAGAUAAACUAA